AAGUGCUAAUACGGUGCUUCUCUUUUUAGGUUAGUUGAAAUGAUAUCCAGCUUGAAGCGUUUCCCGCAUUUCUGGUGUUUGGGAGCUCAAAGGCGUCUCUAUGUCUGGAGGAGUUCUGUUCACUAUGUUUCUGAUGAUUUGUUGUGCAAUAGAUUUUGUACUAUGACUGAGACAAUUAACAUUAAUCAGCAGCCAAAGGUGACCGAGUCACCAGAACUUCCAGAUUGGGUUAAAAUUGUUAAGGAGGAGGAAGCAGCAGUUAAACUGGAAGAUGAUGAUUUCUUACUUCCCUCAUUCUCAGAAUGGGUUAAAAAUGAAAAGCUUCGUGCAAGAGAAAUUGAUGUGAGAAGUUUGGCAAGUGAUUUGACGGAAAACGAUGUUGAUAAGAUCAGCAAAGUACUGAGGUUUAAUUUCAAAUCACCCGAUGCUGUUGUGGAUGAAUUGAAUAAAAGCAGAUUUGUUGUUUCAGAGUGUUUGGUUGAGCAAAUUUUGAAAAGGUUCAGUUUCGAGUGGAUACCUUCUUACGGGUUUUUUAAAUGGGCAAAAGUGCAAAAGGAUGUCACACUUUCCUCUGACUUGUAUAAUCUAAUGGUUGACAACUUAGGAAAAUCGAAGAAGUUUGGUCUUAUGAUGGAAUUGUUGGAUGAAAUGAGUCACUUACAAGGAUAUGUUUCAUUGAAUACUAUGAGUAAAAUCAUGAGAAGGUAUGCCAAGUCUGGUAAAUGUGAGGAUGCCAUAGGGGCAUUUGAAAGAAUGGAAGAAUUCGGAUUACAGAAGGAUACAAGUGCGAUGAAUCUGUUAAUCGAUGCAUUGGUGAAGGGAGGAAGUGUCGAGCAUGCUCAUAAGGUCUACCUUGAUUUGAAGAAUCAUAUAGCUCCAUCAGUUCAAACAUAUAAUAUCUUAGUGCAUGGUUGGUGCAGAGGAGCUAGAAAAAUUGAUAAAGCAAAUGAAACAGUUAAAGAUAUGGAAGAACAUGGUUUAAGCCCUGAUGUGGUUACUUAUACUUGCUUCAUUGAAGCCUAUUGUCGUGAAAAAAAGUUCCCUAACGUUGAUGCUAUUUUCAAAGAGAUGCAAAUGAAGGGGCACUCACCAAGUGUGGUGACAUAUACUAUAACUAUGAAAGCUUUAGGGCAGGCAAAGGAAUUGAACAAAGCCUUGGAUGUAUAUGAGAAGAUGAAACAAAAUGGUUGUGUUCCUGAUAAUUCGUUUUAUAGCAGCUUGAUCCAUAUAUUAGGAACAAGUGGGAGACUGAAGGAUUGUUACGAUAUAUUUGAAGAUAUGCCAAAUCGAGGAGUCUCACCUGAUACGUUCACAUAUAACACAAUGAUUACAAUUGCUGCACACAACUCUAAAGAAGAGGAUGCUUUAAAAUUUCUCCAGAAAAUGGAGGAGAGUCAAUGCAAGCCUGAUAUUUGUACUUACGCACCAUUAUUUAAAAUGUGCUGCAGAAUGAGAAGACUGAAGGUUCUAUCCUUCUUAUUGAACCACAUGUUCAAAAAUGACGUGAGCAUGGAUCUUGGAACAUAUGCUCUUCUGGUCCGCGGUCUUUGUAGGAACAGGAAUCCUGAGCGUGCUUGUGCUGUUUUUGAGCUAGCAGUGCUACGAGGGUUCCUCCCUACAGACACCAUGUAUGAUAAUCUCGUCAAAGAACUCGAGAAAAGGGGUUUAAAGGAAGAAAAGAAAUAUGUAGAAGAACUGAUGUCACAAGCUAAGCAGCAAGCAUCAGACAUUUCAUCCGAGAAACCUAAAGAUAUUAAAGAAUAGAUCUUUUCUUGUUUGUAA